AUGGCUCACGGAGAUCUAUACUGUCCAGGCGAGUUGGACGUGUUGCAUAGUAACAGAUCAGAGACGACCAUUUGUCUGCCAUCGCCAUCACCAGGAAAGCGAAUUUCUACCUAUUACCCCAGAUCCGGUCCUAAGGUGUUGGAGGAAUCAAACCUCGACCCAUUUUACCUCGAACAAUCACUGGCCGACACGCCAUCUUGGGAUUACAACUCAGAGAUGCGCAAUGAUAGUUUUGAAGACAACAGCCACUACUAUACAUUGUCAUUGACCCCCGGAAAGGACUUCCACGACUCAUUACAUUACGGCCCCGACCGUUCUACCCUCGCACAGGUCGAAUUGGAGAACAGCCUGCGAUUCCACCGAUACACUCCCUCUACCGAGCGGAGUCCCCUGCACAGCAGCCAGGAUUCGUUCAGCUCUGUGCAGACAUACAGCACUACCCCAGACCUCACUCCUAGCAGCUCCUUCUCCUCUACAUACUCUUCACCCGGCUGCCCUGACGUCGUCCUCCAGGCGACAGAGCAGCUCUACAAGCACGCGCAAGAGGCUCACCCUGAGUCCCGGCGUCGUUUCUACCUCCCUGCCUCUACUCCUCCGAAAUAUUCUCUUCCUCCCCCUCCUCCCCCGCCGGUGGCUCCUUUGACCCCGGCGGAUACUCGUCCUACCACUCCUUGCGAGCCAUCAAACGACUCCACUGCCACUAUCACCAUGGCAUAUCAGGAUGUGACUGGGUCUAUGUCAACCCGGUCUCGCCGGAGAAAGCAGCCUCCCACCCUCCCCAACUUGUCUCGGGGCACCAGCUCCCACAGCUCCGGCCGUAAGCAAUCUAGCCCUGGAACACGGCCUCCUCUGGAUCCUUCCAUGAUCUCACCUCCAUGCUUGAUCAACCCCGUCACCAUGGAACCUCACAUGACACACUUCGACCACCCUCUCUUCAUUCCCGCCAAUGACUGCCCCAGUCCUGUUCCCAGCCCAGUGACAAGCUCCCCACCCAUCUCUCGCCAAUGGACAGCAACAUCCAUGGAGCGGCCAUCGACUUCGACCAUGGACCCUCACUGCGAGCAGUCCGUCUGGGAGUCAGACUCAGACAGCGAGUCCGUUGGCCGCAAGUCAAUCUCCCGCAGGCCAAUUGACACUCUUCGCAAGGUCCGCAGCCGUGCGAAGCUCCGUGGUGCCAAGUCGCAGCCUCGGCUUCACCAGGCCAUGCUUGAUGACCAGGCAAUGGAACAGUUCCCCUGCAUGCCGGAUGAUAUCCUCGGGGAACACAUUACAGACACUUUCCGCACUGCUAGCAUGGACCGACCUAGCACGAGCCGUGAUGGCCUUCGUCCGUCUGGACUGGCAACUCUGCGCUUAGUUGCUCCCUCUACUACCUCUCUCGCCAAGCACCCCCCUCGUAAGGACAGCAGAAUCAACAGCUCGGACGUAGAUCGUUCCGCUGCCGCUGCUUUCCAAGCUCAGUUCCGUCGCCGUCAGCGCUCUGAUACACCAGAGUGCUCCACCUCUUCUCUCGGCAAGGACGACAAGGAGAAGUUGACAUCAUUCUGCUUUGAGCAGCACCCUCAACCCGCGAUCAAUGACGGUGCCCAGUCCCGUCCACUCUUGCAGCGAUUCAUGGACUCCCUCCGCUCCUUGAACUGCCACAAGACCACGAAAAAGACAAAUGUCUCUGUCAUAUAA